AACUGGGGGAGGGCGGGGUCAUGUCUGAACUGCUGCAGUGAGUCACCGGAGUGCUGUCCAGGAAAGGCAGGGCUGGGGUGAUGACCACGCUAACGACCCAGUGGGAUUUCGCGACAUCACCUGUGUGGAGGGACUUCGUAUCUAUGGCAACUGUCACCUGGUGGAAGGGGCGGAACUAGAUUUUCUCUGCCUGGGACGCUGACAUUCCAAGCCCUUGCCCUGCAGGCUCCCGCAGGCAGACAAACCAAAGAAGGAAGCCAGGGAAUGGCCGCGGUGUGGCAGCAAGUCUUAGCAGUGGACGCGAGACUGAUAGUACAGCUGGCCCAGACUGACCCCAGCAGAGCUGCAAAUUGACUAUAUUGUCGCUAGAGUGAUCUUUUCAUCACAACCACUAAUUAUUGCAUAAUUGCCCCCAUCACAAUCCCAAGAGAAGUCCCCCUUUGCUGCUCUUGUUCACUCUUACCAUCCCAGUCACUGCCAAACCUUGUACCACCCUAUGCCUCGAGCUGAUUUAUUCCCUCUGUCCUGUGCCUGCUGCCUGCCCUGCCUCCUGGACCCCACAGGUACAACGCCUACCGUACACCAACGUUUCCACAGUUUCGGACCCAAUAUAUCCGCCGGCGCAGCCAGCUGCUUCGGGAGAAUGCCAAGGCUGGGCACCCCCCAGCAUUGCGUCGGCAGUACCUGAGGCUACGGGGCCAGCUAUUGGGCCAGCGCUACGGGCCACUCUCAGAGCCGGGCAGUGCUCGUGCCUAUAGCAACAGCAUUGUCCGCAGCAGCCGAACUACCCUUGAUCGAAUGGAGGACUUUGAAGAUGAUCCCAGAGCCCUGGGGGCUCGAGGACACCGCCGUUCUGUCAGCCGAGGCUCCUACCAGCUGCAGGCACAAAUGAACCGUGCAGUCUAUGAGGACAGGCCUCCUGGCAGUGUGGUACCCACAUCGGUGGCAGAGGCAAGUCGGGCCAUGGCCGGGGACACGUCGCUGAGUGAGAACUAUGCCUUUGCAGGCAUGUACCAUGUUUUUGACCAACACGUGGAUGAGGCAGUCCCAAGGGUGCGCUUCGCCAACGACGACCGGCACCGCCUGGCCUGCUGUUCCCUGGACGGCAGCAUCUCCCUGUGCCAGCUGGUGCCUGCCCCACCCACUGUGCUCCAUGUGCUACGGGGACACACACGUGGUGUCUCAGACUUCGCCUGGUCCCUCUCCAAUGACAUCCUCGUGUCCACCUCCCUCGAUGCCACCAUGCGCAUCUGGGCCUCCGAGGACGGCCGCUGCAUCCGUGAGAUCCCUGACCCCGAUGGCGCUGAAUUGCUCUGCUGCACCUUCCAGCCGGUCAACAACAACCUCACUGUGGUGGGGAACGCCAAGCACAACGUGCAUGUCAUGAACAUCUCCACAGGCAAGAAAGUGAAGGGUGGCUCCAGCAAGCUGACCGGCCGUGUCCUCGCCCUGUCCUUUGAUGCCCCUGGUCGGCUGCUCUGGGCAGGCGAUGACCGAGGCAGCGUCUUCUCCUUUCUCUUUGACAUGGCCACAGGAAAGCUGACCAAAGCCAAGCGACUAGUAGUGCAUGAGGGCAGCCCUGUAACCAGCAUCUCCGCCCGGUCCUGGGUCAGCCGUGAAGCACGGGACCCCUCACUCCUCAUCAAUGCCUGCCUCAACAAGCUGCUACUCUACAGAGUGGUGGACAACGAAGGGGCGCUGCAGCUGAAGAGAAGCUUCCCCAUUGAACAGAGCUCCCACCCUGUACGCAGUAUCUUCUGCCCCCUCAUGUCCUUCCGCCAGGGGGCCUGUGUGGUGACAGGCAGUGAAGACAUGUGCGUUCACUUCUUUGACGUGGAGCGGGCAGCCAAGGCUGCUGUUAACAAGCUGCAGGGCCACAGCGCGCCUGUGCUUGAUGUCAGCUUCAACUGUGAUGAGAGUCUGCUGGCCUCCAGUGAUGCUAGUGGCAUGGUCAUCGUCUGGAGACGAGAGCAAAAGUAGGGUUCUGUCACCCUGUGCGCCUGCCCACGCAUCCCUCCUCCUUCACUCCAGUCUCGCAUUAUAAAUUAAAUUCCUGUGGUUGUACUGAAGGGCACCUCUCAGCUCUCCCACCAGGAGGCAGUAGGGAGCCCUCAGGCCUCCAGUGGAGUGGGAACCAGUUCCUUGAUUGUGCAGUGAUGUGCUCAUCCAUCCAACAAGCACUUGCUGAGCAUCUGCUGUGAUGGAUCACAUAGGCAUGCAGUCAGUAGAAGGAGGGAGGGCACCAAUUGUGUUGUCAGGAGCUGUUCUGGGAAGUAGGGAUAUAGCUGUGGCUUCAACUGAAAUUCCUACCUCUGUGGGCUGGCAUCCCAAUAGAGGCAAGCACACGGGAGACGAAAGUACGCCAUUCUUUGGUGUAGAAUUUGCUUUGUAAUUUUUCAACUUUAUGAAUUUUUGACCUUCCAGUGGUAGCGAACCACACACAUAUACCCAGUUCUGGUUUUCUCCUUUCAGUAUGGUGUUCAGUAAAUUAUGUGAGCUAGUCAACACUUUGUUAUAAAAUAGACUUUGCAUUAGGUAAGUUUGCCUACCUGUAGAAUUAUGUCAGCAUUGUGGGCACAUUUAAGGUAGGUGACACUAAGCUAGGGUGUUCAGUAGAUUAGGCAUAUUUAUGCAAUUUCAACAUAAAACAGUUCAAGACAGAUUUGUUGGGGUCUAACCCCAUGUGAUGAAGUCACAUCUGUAUAUAAUAGGAGAGUUAAAGAUGAGUGCUAGGAAGAAAAGCAAAGGGACGAGAGAUGAGCUUGCACAAAAGGGAGGGGACAAAGUCAUCAGGAACAGUGUUCCCAACUGGAUUGACAAUUUUAAAGAUCUGAAUGAAAUAAGGGAAGUCACAGCAGGGGUGGGGGUAGGGGAACAUCCCUGAGAGGAAGAAAGGUUAGUGCAGAGGCACUGAGCCUGGAAUAGGUCAGAGUGUGACUGGGCGGAGUGUAUGAGAUGACUGGAGACAGGUCUUUGGGACAUCUUGGGCUAUAGCGAGGAAGCAAGCUUUCCUUCUUCCCUGAGCGAGGACGGUAAGGAGGGCUCAGACAGCAAUAGGGAAAUUAGGUGCAGAACGUUGAGUUCAACCCCAGGGCUUUCACCAGGUUAGGUUGUCAAACUCCCCAACAUUGGCAGCUUCUGUUUGGGUGGACCCCACACUUACCUGUGCGUUGAGUUGUGUCCCACUAGCAGUGAGCAGGAAUGUUGAGUUCUUGGAGCUAGAUUAGCAUGCAUACAGCCGUGGACUCUGGGGCUGAGCCACAGCUCCUGCUGUGGGGUGGAAGAAACAAAAUCUCUAAGCUCACCCCUGUCUCCUGCCAUGUUCAUCUGGGGCCCUUAUUUCAGGCCUGGACCUGCUCAGAGACCAGAUUCUAAUGUUCAUUAUUGAGUAUUGGCAAGGAAAUAAAUUACUAAAUGACUCUUGGGAAUUUUGUCAUAACAAAAUGUGAAGGUUUGAAGAAUUCCCCAGGAGUCCUUGCAGCCCCCAUAUGCUACUACAUUUGUAGCAAUUGGAACUUUGACUAACAUCUUGGAACUGCUGAGUCUCCCCAACCUAGUGAUCUAUAAAACUCACAGCAGCUCUUAGAGGGAAAAAGAUAAUUUCCUAUUUGUUUCGUUUCUUGUUUAAGAGUAUGGUCCUUUUCAGCAAAAACAUUUCUGACUCUAUCAGCCAGAUCUUAGGCAAAUGGUUAUUAGAUUGGAAUGUCAGUGAGCUGGACUGGUCAUUGUAGUCAAAAUCAUGUAUGUGUGCCAACAUCCCUAACCCAGCUUCAAGGUCAGUGAUUUUUCUAUGAGGACUGUAACUUAAUACAGCAAAGGGUGCCAGACAGCAAUUAAGUGCUAAUCUCUGAAGAGACCCUCCCAAGGUUAGCAGUUCAGACCUGUGCGUUGACUCUUCUGUACCAAAUGGAUGUACUUACUCAACCAAGGUCUGGAGGUAGCAAGAGAAUUUAGGUGCAUAGCAGUUUUCCCUAACUUUCUCUUUUUCCUCACUCUCUCCAUUUUCUUUAAUGAGUCUGGUUUCGGGAUGAUUGGUGAUGAAUAUUGUUUGCAUGAUUUUUAGGGGGGGGUUCCUUCUUGUGCAAUUUUUGAGGUGGCAGAGUUGACAUUAAAUUAUCUACUUUAAAUUAUCUUUGUGACACUUUUGUCUCACAACCCAAAGGAAAAUAAACACUGAGCAAACAAGAAAGAAUAAAAAAUAACGUUGCUGGUCAGA